AGCUGCAUGACGGAGAUGCCAGCCAGUUCUGAACCGACGAAUUAUCCCCUGGCUUUUGCAUCCCAGAUGUGCUGCGGGCGACGCGAUGCAGAGCGCCUUGACCCAAUGGCGACUCGGCCAGGGCCACCGCUAUGGAAAACCAGAGGGGCAGCACUUGUGUUCACAUGAUGAUGAUGUGUGUUUUUGGGACGCUGAGAAGGAUGUGAAGGCUGGUGGGAGGCGAAUCGCUGCCCGUGUGUCGUCAGAUCCGUGGCCACGUCUCAGCCCACCUCCUGUGUCUGCUACCUCCCAUGACACCCCCCUUGACGGCAUGCCAUUAUCCAUAUCCAUAUCCAUAUCCAUGACAAUCUCUCUCAAGCAUCCGUGCUCCCGAUCUUGCGCGGGUCCCCCCCAUGUUGUUACUGUAGGACGGCCGGGCUAGCGUCAGUGGCAGCACUCUGGAGGAGUUACGUACGUACGAGUACCUCCUUGGGAUGUACACAUUUCAAAUUGCUGUGACACCAGUGCCGGAGCUUGGUGAGCAUAAAGAGCACGUAAUCCGCUCUUCCGUGAGAUUCUUUCCUGCUCUUCUCUUCAU